GCAACAUACUCCUGCUACCUCACUGCAGUGACCUAAGUGGUGUAAUUUCCUUAGCUGAAGUUGCUUCAAUGUGCAAGAAGAAUUGUAUCUACUGAGGAACUCAAGACAACACCAAUUUAAUUACAAAGAAUAAACCAGGUGGGUUAUGAGGUAUGGCAUGGAUUCAAUCUCAUGUCCGGCUGGUUGAAGGUCAAGAGUCUCUAAUAUGGACGCAGUGAUACGCCGGUGUCCAUUCCUCACUGUCUUGCCCAGUGUUUGCCUGCAGCUGUCUGGGAAGUCCUCACUGGUGAGAUUUACCCACAAGUGCCCCGUGAUGAUGUACCUGGUCUCCAGACCUGUAGCCAGAGCUCUGUCCUCAUCAGCUUCUGCGUCCAAACAAACUCCAACAAAUGAUGAUCAAAAGCACAAAUUCAAGUUGUCCCCCGGCUACGUCAUGUCACCUGCUUGUCAGGCUGUAGGCUCUAAAUGCCCUUUCCUGGCUGCAGAAAUGGUGCAGAAAAACAUUAGGGUAGUAAGAGAGGCCAGCAUGGAGCUGCAAGAGGACGUCCAGGAGAUGCACUCUUUUCGCACAGGGAAAACAGAUGUUGUGGAUCUCAUUAAGGCAGACAAAGCCAACACCGGGGCGCCAAGAGACCUUUUUAAACCCAUAUCUUCCAAAGUGUCUCACCUGCUAAAAGAUCAUCUGCCUGAGGCUGCCAGCUUCCAGUAUGACAGUUUUUUUGAAAAGAAGAUUGAAAGCAAGAAGACAGAUCACACAUACAGGAUUUUUAAGACCGUGAACAGGUGUGCCUUCUCGUUCCCCAUGGCAGACGAUUACUCUUUCCAUGCAAAGAGAGACGUGUCUGUGUGGUGCAGCAAUGACUAUCUUGGCAUGAGCCAUCACCCUAAAGUCAUCCAGGCUACCAUGGAGACUUUGCAAAAGCAUGGUGCUGGUGCAGGAGGCACGCGAAACAUUUCAGGGACAAGCAAAUUCCACGUGGAACUUGAAUAUGAGCUAGCUGAGCUGCACGGCAAGGAUGCUGCCCUGCUGUUCACUUCCUGCUUUGUAGCCAAUGACUCCACUUUGUUUACUCUGGCAAAAAUGCUACCAGGUUGUGAAAUCUACUCUGACGCUGGCAACCAUGCCUCAAUGAUCCAGGGUAUAAGAAACAGUGGAGUCAAGAAGUUUAUCUUUCGUCACAAUGACGUCAGCCACCUACAAGAGCUGCUUGAGAAAUCUGACUCUUCCACUCCAAAGAUUGUUGCCUUUGAGACAGUGCAUUCAAUGGAUGGGGCUGUGUGCCCACUAGAAGAGAUGUGUGACAUUGCCCACAAGUUUGGUGCAAUUACAUUUGUGGAUGAAGUUCAUGCUGUGGGCUUGUAUGGGCCCAGAGGAGGAGGGAUCGGGGACAGAGACAGAGUCAUGCACAAGAUGGACAUCAUCUCUGGUACCCUUGGCAAGGCAUUUGGCUGUGUGGGUGGCUACAUCGCCAGCACCGGCUCCCUGGUGGACACCGUGCGCUCCUUCGCUGCAGGCUUUAUCUUCACCACGUCCCUCCCCCCGAUGCUGCUGGCAGGGGCAAAGGAGUCCAUCAAGGUCCUGAAAAGUGAGGAGGGCCAGAUGCUCAGGAGGAAACAUCAGAGGAGCGUCAAGCUGCUCCGACAGAUGCUCAUGGACUUGGGCCUUCCAGUGGUCCACUGCCCAAGCCACAUUAUUCCUGUCCGGGUGGCAGAUGCAGAGAAGAACAGUGAGGUCUGUGACAUCAUGAUGUCUCGUUACAACAUCUACGUCCAGGCAAUCAACCACCCAACUGUGGCUAAAGGAAAGGAGCUGCUGCGCAUCGCCCCGACGCCACACCACACUCCUGAGAUGAUACACUACUUUGUUGACCGGCUGGCGAAGACGUGGAAGGAAGCGGGUUUGGAGCUGAGGCCGCACUCCUCAGCAGAGUGUAACUUCUGCCAGCAGCCUCUUCACUUCGAGCUGAUGAAUGAGAGGGAGAAGUCCUACUUCACAGGCCUCAGUCACAUGAUAGCAGUAGCCUGACAUCACACAAAACACUAAGCCCCCACCUCCUAGUAUUCACGCUAUUUAUUAUAUUUAAAUGAAGUAUAUCACUGUGUGUAAAAUUUUCUGUCACCAAUAAAUGUCUGGCUAAAGUGUGGCUUUACUGCA